AUGGCAGCUGGCUCCCGUCGCCACAGUCGUCAGAAUGAAGAGCCUGAUUACCACGAUUCUGAUCUCCAAGCGGACGUCAGGGAUCUAGAUUUUGACAACAUCGAUAUCCCACCACGAGACGUAGGACCUGGCCCAGUCACCCGUGCAGGUAUGCAAGCAGCUGUCAAAGAUCGGAUGGAAACUCCUACACCGCAGACCACCCGAGGAAAUGACCAACAGUCGGAUAGUGGAGUUUGGUCGGACGACUCGUUUGCCCCAGAAACUAACCCUAUCAUUCACAUCGAAAGCAUCUCGGCGGGCCCUCAUGCAAUUUCCGCUCUUCGAAAGCACAUUCCAGCACGUCUACUUGCCAAGCUACCCUUUCUAAGUGAGCUGAAGUUCUCAAAACACAGUAAGCCAGUGGCUAUAGCGAACAUACGCUUGUUGCUCGGUACCUUUGCGGAUAAAUCUCUGACGAGAUGGGGAAACCCUGUAUAUGCAUAUCUGCGCCCAAACAAAAAUCGCUCCAUAGGACCCAUGUUCACCAUGGAGGGCGAUGAAGAGUACGGACGUGGGCAUAACAUCGUGAACGUUAGCUGGGAUGAGGGCUCACUUAGGAAGGAGGUUACACUGAAACCUCCCUUCAAACAAGCCAUGACACACGGUGAGCUGUAUGCUGUAGUGAAAUACUACUUCCUACUGGCAGUAGAGGCAAGAGUGGAGGGCUUUCAACAUGACUUCAUCCCAGUAAACGAGUCGUUUGUACAGCAUCUGACCAGCUUGUGCCAGCAUUAUGAUCCAGAUCUGCUCACACCGGAGUCUUCGUUUUCGGAGUAUAGCGAUGAUUCGAAAGCACCUCCGAAGCGUCGAAAGGAACGUGACCGCCGGCGUCCGCCAGGCUAUGCGGAACGACCCGGCGUAGCAAGGGUUGGACCAAAUCGGGAAGACAGUGAUGACACAUCAAAUCUCAACCCAGCCAAGAGUGAUAACGGAACUAGUGUACUGGGACUCUACCCGCUUGGAGAAGAUGAGAAUAGAUCGCCAAAAUUUGAGCCAUCUACUGCUUACCACGAUGCUGACAAUCCGGACUAUCGAAGGAACGAUGACGAGGGAGAUGGCUAUGUCCAGACAGCGUCCAGAUCCCACACACGCGGUACUUUGUCCCCAACACCACCGUACAACUGGCGCCAUCGAGGUACUGUUCGUGAAUCAUUCAAUCAGCGGGAUAAUGCGCCAUCAGGUUUGGAAGCAAUAUCUGAAGAGAUAGAAUUGCAAAGCAAUAAUAUGUCAGACAAAUCCAGAUCGACAGAUCGACAUAGAUCGAGUGGAACUCACCAGUUUACGAUCGAUGAAAUCAAUCGACCUUCUAAUGGAUUUAUGCGUCACGAUCUCGAGAAGAAAAACACAGAUUUCGUCGCCACAUAUGGCCUACAAUGCUUCCCCCGACAUUCAAGCGACGCCGGCCUUUCUUCCCUAGAUCGACACUCGUUAGAGACGGAUCGGAGUCACACGAAAAUGCCGUGCUAUGCAAUAUCCGAGCCAAUGCCCGUCAAAUACAACCGUCCAGUACACUGGGAAAGACUCCAAGCUUCAAUGUCAUCUUCUCCACGAGCUGCCAAGGAGCGCAACGAGCGUUCUAUAUCAAAGUCAACGUUGCAAUUUCCCAAUUCGUUUGUCGAUCGCCGUCCAAGCUCGACGUACAAUGAUUUCAUAUCGCCCUCUCUGCUUCGAGAGCAAAGGAGGGUUAUGAAUGGUCGUAUUGAGAAGGCAAUUCAAGCCGUCAAGAGUAGCAAGGCCCGACUUAGACGAUUAUACCUCUUGGAUGCCAGUAUCGGUGCGGAGCAUGCAGAGAAGAAGCGCCGUGAAAACAACAAGGAUGACACUGAAGACGUUGGCGAGCCUCCUUCACUAGGUGGAUCUGCGUAG